AUGGAUAAGUACAUUGAGUCGAUGAGAGUGGAGACAGUCGUAUCUUGGAAGAUAUCUCAUUGGGAUACCGAAAUAGAGAGACAUCUACAGGAGAAGUUCCCUCAAGCAAAAUUCGACAUCAAAAAACUUAAGGAUCGGGAGUAUUCGUUGACUCUUACAGCCGAAAAGGCAUGGUUUGAAGAACUAUGGAUGGAAUUGAAGCGCUAUAUUAGUGGAUUGGAGGGUAAGAUGAUAACUCGUCAAGUGAACGUUCCUCAGUAUCUACGGUGUGCCGUUCCUGAGUUUGAAGAGAAGGGCUUGUUUGUCGGAACUGACCCAGACGAUCCAAAAGACGUUUUAUCCAUUUUUUCAAACGAUAAAGCUACAGUCACAAGGGCCAAAGCGCAAAUAAAGGCGGCUCUUGCAGAAUAUCAUGUGAAGACAAUAAACUUAAAGGAAUCUUGCUUUGGCUCAAACGCUCAUGUAUUGGCUGUGGUACUGUUCUUGGAGAGAGAUAACAAGAUAAGGAAUAUUGCAAGGUCCAGUGGAGUGGAGUAUUCUAAACUGACUAAGGAUGAUACUUUUAGCAUAAUCGUGGUUGGAAAGGAUAAGUCUGCUAUUAGUCUUGCAACGGAACUGAUAGAGAAGCUUAUACUAAAUAUCCCUCCAGAAUGCCUCAUGUUCACUGACUAUAUUCGCUUAGGUGACAUUCCAGAGGCCAAAAGACUUCUCCAGGCUGCAGCUAGAAAGAAUAAUGUUGAGUAUGUUCAGUUACAAGGGAGAUUUGCACUAUUAUGCCAAUCAAAUCAAGCCCCGGCUGAUCCUCAGAAGCGUUUAGUGGAGGUAAAGAACUCACUUAGCUCUUUAACACCUGCCUCAGAGCCUUCAAAGGAAACAUCAUUGUAUGCUCCUUCUUAUGACCAACACCAUCGGGAUCUCGCGUCGCUUCUAAAAGAAGGACUCAAUGAAGAUGUACAGAUAUUCAUCCAUAGAGAUAAGCAUAAGGAACCCUCACCAAAUGAACUUUACGUCUGUGGCUCAAAGACUGCCAUCGAAAAGGUGAAAACUAAUCUUCAGACAAUACUCAAGGACAUCCAGGCAUUUGAAACUGAGGGAAGGGAGUACAGGGCUAGGCAUUUGAUCAUUGACAGAGCUCAGGAAACUAAGUUGACUAUCGAAGGCGUCAAGUAUAACGUUGAAUUGGCUGCUGAGAGAUUGUUAGAGGAAGCAGAAAGCCUCUCCAAUAUGAUGAUUGAGAGGGUAACAAUACCCUAUGAAUACAUGUCCAGGGUUGCAGGGUUUGAUUGUGAGAACCUAAAAGACUUAUGUGAAAAGUUUGGAGUUCAGGUAUCUCUCCCUCAUUUUGAGCUGUACUUCCCAAUUCCUAAGUCUAAGAAUGAGAUAGUUAUUGAGGGUUCUUCACUGGUGAUUGGGAAAGCCAAAGAAGCACUUAUUGAGCUCUAUGAAGCAGCAAAGAAGUGUGAUGAUAGGGUAUCUCUUAAGGUCCUGAUCGAGCUGUACGACGAAGUAUACGAGCUAGUUGUUGAAGACAUCGGUCUAGCAGUGGAUUGUGUUUCCCACACGGAGAAGAAGAUCGCCAAUGAAGAAGGAUAUGGCAUGUUCGAAUUGGCUGGGACCAAAGAGAACCUCGAGCUUGUCCGCAGAAAGAUUGAACGGAUGAUUUGA